UGCUACUAGUGUCUUAAAAAGGCAUCUUAGCAUUGAAUUGAACUCGAUCAAUCUUCUUGCUAAGUUGACUUGGUGCAGUGUUUGGUGAAAGUCAUCUCCAGCACACACAGACAUCUGCUCCAUUGAUCUAAUGGGUGUGCGACCUUCCUUCACUUACGAUGUGUAUAUCAGCCACAGCGCUGAAGAUACACGAUUUAGUUUUACCAGAAAUCUGUACAAAGCUCUGUGCGACAAAGGGAUCGAUACCUUCAUUGAUGAUUCAUCGCUUCGAAUAGGAAGUGAGAUCACUCCAUCGCUUUUGAAGGCAAUCCAAGAGUCCAGGAUUGCCAUCAUUAUAUUUUCUGGGAACUAUGCCUCUUCUAUCUGGUGCUUGGAAGAACUCACAGCGAUCCUUGAGUUGAAGAGAAACGGUCGCCUUGUUAUACCAGUUUUUUAUGACGUGGAUCCUUCUCAUUUGCGACACGGGACAGGAAGUUACGGUCUUGCACUCGCUAAGCACAAGGAGAGGUUCAAAGAUGACAUCCAGAAGGUCAACCGUUGGAGGACUGCUUUACACGAGGCGGCUAACAUCUCCGGUCUUCACUUCCAGUUCCAGCAUGGAGAAUCUGAAUUCAUUGAGACUAUUGUUAAGAAAGUCGGUAGCAAAGUUAAUCGUGCUCCUUUACAUGUUGCUAAUUACCCUGUUGGAUUGGAGUCUCGAGUGCACCAAGUAAACUCACUUUUGGAUCUUGGUUCUGAUGAUGUAGUCCACAUGUUAGGCAUCUACGGUAUCGGUGGAAUUGGUAAAACUACAAUUGCUAAAGCAGUAUACAAUUCAAUCAGUGACCUGUUUGAUGAGUUGUGUUUUCUCAAAGACAUCAGAGAGAAUUCAAUGAAAUAUGGAUUGGUACAUCUCCAACAGACUAUCCUUUCUGAUAUAUGUCGUGAUGGGGAUAUUGGCAUUGGACAUGUAAGUAAAGGAAUUCCAAUCAUAAAGCAGAGGUUCAGCCGGAAAAAGGUUCUUUUGGUUCUUGACGAUGUUGACAAAAUGGAGCAGAUUGAGGUUAUUGUGGGAAGGCCUGAUUGGUAUGGUCCUGGUAGCAGAGUUAUCAUUACAACUCGGGACAAACAGUUGCUAGCAAGUCAUGGGGUUGAAAGAACAUAUGAAGUGGAUGCACUAAAUGGAGAAAAAUCUCUUUAUUUGCUAUGUUGGAAUGCUUUCAAAACCGAUAAAGUUGAUGCAAGGUAUGAAAACAUUUUAAAGCGUGCAUUGACUUUUGCCUCUGGGCUUCCAUUAGCUUUACAAGUAUUAGGCUCCUACUUGUUUGGCAAAAGCAUAGAGGAAGGGAUAAGUUCAUUGCAUCAGUAUGAAAGAGUUGCUGGGAAACAUAUCCAAGCGGUACUCAAGAUAAGCUAUGAUUCCUUGGAGAAAGAAGAACAGGGUAUUUUUCUUGAUAUUGCUUGUUUCUUCAAUGGAUAUAAGUUAAAAGACGUCAAUGAUAUGCUUUUGGCUCGUUAUGGUGAAUCUGCAAAAUAUAGUAUUGAAGAAUUGAUUGAAAAAUCUCUCUUAAAGAUUGAUGAUGGUCUUGUGACAUUACAUAACUUGAUACGAGACAUGGGCAGAGAAAUUGUUCGACAGGAAUCACCAAAUGAGCCUGGCAAACGUAGUAGGUUAUGGCUUCCCCAAGAUGUAGUUGAGGUUUUAGAAACAAAUUCGGGUUCUAGUACAAUUGAAAGCUUAUUUCUGAAUUUCCCCAAAGAUGAAGUGAACUCAAAUAGAUCCGAAGGUAAAAAAGUAAAUUGGGAUGGUGACGCUUUAAAGAAGAUGCAAAACCUCAGAAUGCUUGUUAUUGAAAAUGGUUGUUUUAACAAAGGCGCCUCACAUCUUCCCAACAGUUUAAAGGUGUUGAAAUGGCGGGGGUACCCUUCACCAUCAUUACCAAGUGAUUUUCAUCCAAAGAAGCUCGCCAUACUCGAGUUACCUGCAAGUUGCAUGGGGGUAAUUGAACCAAUCCAGGGGUUUAUUAGUCUGAAGGAUUUGAGUUUCAGAAACUGUGAACUGAUAACUCGUAUACCUGAUGUAUCUGGCCUCCCAAAUUUAGAAAAAUUGUCAUUUAGAGACUGUGAGAAGUUAUCUAAAGUUCAUCCGUCAGUUGGAUUUCUGGAUAAACUUACAUACUUGGAUGCUUUUAAUUGCAAUAAUCUGAAGACUUUUCCACCCAUCAUAUUACCCUCUCUUCAACAGCUCAAUCUUUCACAUUGCUCAGCUCUUGAGAGUUUUCCGGAAAUAUUGGGGAAGAUGGAAAACAUAACAGAGCUUCGUAUAAUCGGAAGUCCAAUAAAAGAAUUGCCAUCUUCAAUUCAAAACCUAAAUCGGCUUCGAAAAUUAGAACUACAAAUCUGUGGAAUGGUUCAGUUACCAAGUAGCAUUGCCAUGUUUUCACAACUUUGUUUGGUGUGUGUUUCAGAAUGCGAAGGAUUGUGGUUAUCUAAACAGGACAUAGGUGAAGAAUGGGAGACCAAGUCUUUAAAGACAGAACUUCUUACUCUGUCAUACUGCAAUUUAUCAGAUGAUUUCCUUCCAACAGGUCUUACUUGGUUUGCCAAUGUGAAAGAUUUGGACUUAUCGGGGAAUAAUUUCACUGUUCUUCACGCAUGCAUCAAAGAGUGUCACUUUCUGAGGAGCCUAAAGCUAGAUGAUUGCACGCUUAUACAAGAAAUUACAGUGAUACCAUGCAAAUUAGAAAAACUUUCUGCGAAACGGUGCAAAUCCUUGAAAUACAUAGACCUUACAGAAGAAUGUCAAUCUUUGAGAGAGCUUAUUCUGGACGAUUGUAUUUAUCUUCGAAAAAUUAAAGGGGUUCUGCCAAACUUGGAUCAUUUCUCUGCACAAAACUGCACUUUAUUGACUUCCCAGUGUGCAAGCUUGUUAGUAAAUCAGGAAAUGAUUGAAGCUGGAAACAAGAUGUUCUUUUUUCCAGGAACAAAGAUUCCAGAGUGGUUCUCACACCGUACAAGUGGAGAUUCAAUAUCUUUCUGGUUUCGUAACAAAUUGCAAUUCUCUGCAAUUUGUAUGUGUCUUGUUAUUGGAUUGGUGGAUGAGCUACCUAUCUCAGUCAAGUUUAGCCCCAAAUUGUUCCUCAAUGGCAACGAACUGUCCAACGGCAAUCAGAGAGUCUACAAGUUCAGGAUAGCUACUGAUCAUAUACUUUUGUUUGACGAGCGGCCGCUAAAAUUUGUGGAUAACGGAGAAACAGUGUUUUCAUGCAACAAGUGGAAUCAUUUCGAGGUUUCAUACGAGGAUCUUGUUACUGACAACGGGGUUCCAAUCAGAGAGGUUGCCAAAUAUAGUGGAAUCCAUGUAUCUCAAGAAUGGAUUGAUAUUGCGGAUAUCCAAUUCACCCAAUCCCGGAAAACAUUGAUAAAUGCAAAUUUGGAUCCCAAUUCAAUGGUGGAGCCACUUCAAAGAGGAAAGAUUAUGACCAAGAGAAAGAGAUCCGAGGAAGACCAGAUCAUUGUGCUGUCUCCCCCCUCACUCACAUCAAAACAAUCUCCUUCACCCUCUGAAAUUGAAAAAGGCCUUGUCCCUCAACCUACAUUUCCAGUUAAGAUGCCUUUGGGAGAUGUGGGAAGAGAAAGUUCGGAGAAUCUUUCAGAUAAUGAAGCUUAUGCUACUGCAAUUCAAAAUGACAUUCCUCUCAAUCAAAGAUGUGGCAAGGGUGAUGAUGUCGAGCUGGAAUUAGUAUCCUGUGAAGAGGAGUCUUCUUCCAACACUAAAGGUUCUGACUCAGAUGAUCCCUUCGACUUAGUUAAUAGAAAACUGCAUGUUAGUGGCAAGAAAACCAUAUCUUCCGGGGCCAGUUUUGGAGAUGCAAAUCUAAGAUCUAUUAGAGAGACUAUUAAUGCCUUGGAGUUAUUGAUGAUCAAGGACUUAUCCGAAGUCUCUGCUGAUCCUUCCGCACAUUCCAAACUUCGUCAGCUCUUGGAUCUAUUGAGUGCAAGUAGCCACCCCAAGGUGACGGUAGAAAUGAAGGGAGCUAUUGCUGAGUUCAAGAGAAAGGUCUUUGCAUCAUUCCACGAAUUCCAAGCCACUGUUGAAUCUGUGAAUAAGCUGAAGAAUUAUGAGAAUCAUCUGGCCAGAAUUCAGCAGGAGACUGUGGCCGGCAAGUAUCAAUGGAAAGACUUAAAAAACUCAAUAAAAAAGGUUUCGUCGUACAUCAAGGCCGAAAAUAGUAGGAAAAAUGAGCUAGAGUCAGAAAUUGCAACUUUAAGAAAACAGCUAGCUACCAAAGAAAAGGACCUCAAACAACUUGUGUUGAAUCUCAAUAAUCAGGAGACAACACUCUCAACUUAUUCAAUGAGUUAUGCUUCUCUCAACAAACAUGCUCGAGCACUAUCAGAAGAAGCUGAUGAUCUACUUGCUUCAAGCAGUGAGAUAAAACAUGAUGGCGAAGCAGCUGAAGUUGAACAGAGUAGGCUCAAGUGGACAUGGUCUAUUGACCUAACUGGCCAGCUUAAUAAGAUGAAAGAAAACAUUCUUGGCUUUUAUGGGUAGGAUGGGAUGUGAUCUUUGUUUCUGCUAACCGAGUUAUCAAGAAGCGCGUGGAAAGCAGCAUAAUAAGGAAAACAUAUUGUUUAUCGGUAAAAUGUCCUUACCUUCAAUCUGAUUAGUUUGGUGUGGUUUCCAACUUCUAAACGAAUUGAAAAUUGUAAAGCAUAAAACUUGUAUGUUAGAGUUUUUCUAUUAUGUGCAAAUUUGCACAUAUUAAGAAGUUUAAAAUAGAAAUUUUGUAUUGGAACUGUACAUUUAAUAUUAAAUAUAAAACUUUUGAAUAAAUAAUUGUUGUUUUCCAAGAAAAAGUU